AAUUUUCGAGGCCGUGCAGACGGUGCAGCGAGACAGCCGCACCAGUUUUAGAACGAGUCACAGUGAAGCUCCAGAGUAAAGUUUCUUCGUGUCACAAGACAAACUGUGUGCAUGUGUGUCUUGAUUUUGUGCAUGUAGGCGUUUCCAGGGCCAUGUCCCUUCCAGUACACUAACGAGCCACAAGCUUCUGAGUUUGGGAGAAAAAAAAAUAGUAAUAAUAAUAAGUCUUUUCUCUGGACGAAAGUUUAUACAGAGUGACAUUUAAGCAACUUGACGACUUUACUGUAAGUCAGAAAGCAGGAGGCUACGGAGCGGGAAAGGGAAAGAAAAGUUUGUCAUGCAUGCGCAUGACUGUGCGUCUGUGGGCUGUGCAUGCAUGCGAGAAGGGUGUGUGUGCGUGUGUGCGUGUGUGCGUGCGCGCGCGCCCAAGUGUGUGGGAAUGAUUACAUCAGCCUCAGCGAGGCCUACGAUUGGUUAGGGAAGUGUGGUUUGAUUCGCUACCUAAAAGGCUGUGCCUUGUAACCCUUUGUGAGGAGAAUAGUGCGAAGUUGUCGGCCAAGCUCGGGAACAGUUGCCAUCCGCUUCCUCUGUCCCAAACCAAAAGCCAGAUAGAUAGUUAGGGAGGGAGGGUUUGGAGAAAAAGAGGGUGAAAACAGGAACGAGAGAGAGAGAGAGAAGCAGAGAGAGAUUAAAUGACAGGUACGAUCCAGUGAGCCACUGACAGCCAAGCAUCUGUCCUGGAACAGUUUCUUUUUUCUUUUUUUUUUUUUGUUCUGCAUAUUUUUGCUGAGUUGUGGAGAGCACCGGACACCAGCUUCGGCACUCGGAGGAAGCAGAAAUGCCAUCGUGCUCUCCCGACUGGUGCCUUCUCAGGCCUGGCGAGAUUGUAAAAAUCUUCAGCGAGGACGGCACGGGCAAGGUGGUGGAGAUCCCAUCUGACAUGACGGCACGAGACCUGUGCCAGCUGCUCGUGUACAAAAGCCACUGCGUGGACGACAACAGCUGGGCGCUGGUGGAGCAUCACCCAGCCCUGGGGCUAGAGAGAUGCUUAGAAGACCAUGAACUUGUGGUCCAAGUCCAGGCCUCUAUGUCUAGCGAGAGCAAGUUUGUCUUCAGGAAGAACUAUGCCAAAUAUGAAUUCUUCAGAAAUCCUCUGAGCUUCUUUCCAGAGCAGAUGGUGGCGUGGUGUCAGGAAAGCAACGGGACCAUUCCUCCAUCUCAGCUGUUGCAGAACUUCUUAAACUCCAACAGUUGUCCAGAAAUCCAGGGUUACUUGUAUGUGAAAGAGAUGGGCAGGAAGUCAUGGAAAAAGCCGUACGUGUUUUUGAGACGCUCAGGAUUAUACUACUCGACAAAAGGAAUGUCAAAGGAACCGAGGCACUUGCAGUUACUAGCAGACCUUGAAGACAGCAAUAUCUUUACCGUAAUAGCAGGCAAGAAGCUUCACAACGCCCCAACAGAGUACGGGUUUUGUAUAAAGCCCAACAAGGUUCGGAUUGAGCAGAAGGAACUGAGGAUGUUGUGCGCGGAAGACGAACAGAGCAGAACGUGCUGGAUGACGGCCUUCAGAUUGUUUAAGUAUGGGAUUCUACUUUAUCAGAACUAUAAAAUUCCACAGCAGAGAAAAGCUUUGCUCUCACACUUCCCAGCACCAAUGAGGAGUGUGUCAGAGAACUCUCUAGUAGCCAUGGAUUUCUCAGGGACAAUAGGCAGGGUGAUCGACAAUCCUGUGGAAGCUCAGAGUGCUGCUCUGGAGGAGGCCCAUGCCUGGAGGAAAAGAAGUCAGCGCAUGAACACUUUGGGGAGCCCUAGUCCACUCCACCCCUCAUCCUUAAGCGGAGUGAUACACAAAACUCAGCUUUGGUUUCACGGUCGAAUCACAAGGGAGGAAUCGCACAGGCUGAUCCACCAACAGGGCCAAGUGGACGGAUUGUUUCUCUUGAGGGACAGCCAGAGCAACCCAAAAGCCUUUGUGCUUACCUUGUGUCACCAUCAGAAAAUCAAACACUUUCAAAUACUACCGUGCGAAGAGGACGGUCAAAUGUUCUUCAGCCUUGACGACGGCACCACCAAAUUCACUGACCUGAUCCAGCUGGUGGAGUUCUACCAGCUUAACCGAGGAGUUCUGCCUUGCAAACUCAAGCACCCCUGCACCAUGGUUGCCUUAUGAUCCCGCACCAUCUCUGCUGCAAACGUACCACUGGUUCUCUGAGAAUCUGACCGCUGAACCUGAUUUAAUGACGUGCAAGUGACUGGUUGUCUGCCGACAAGUUCUCUGCAGAUAUUCCUAUAUGACUUUCAGAGGAACUACACGCACCACCAGGGCUGCUAUAAAGCUUCCAAGAUGAUGUUGAGAAAGAUCUUGGAUGGCAGCAAGCCUUGAGCCACUGACUGGUAAAGGUUCUUCCAUGUUCAAUCAUCAACAUGUUCAUCCUGUUCAAUAUAAUCAGAUGGUCUGUUGUUGAAAAGAUCUCCAUGAUGAUAGAAGAUGGACCAUCACAGUGUUUUUUGUUUUGGAAACAUCUCUCGAACCUGUAGAUGGGUGCAAGACGGGAACUUUACAUCUACGAGUUUUCUUUAAAGCACAGCCAGGAAACAGCCAAGUGGGCAGAAACCCAUGAGUCAGUUGAAUCCUUCUGUCUUUGUAUUGUUGCUUGAGGCAAAAAGAGGUAGGAGGUCAAAGCACACGGAUGUAAAAGAUACUUUGGACAUGGUUUGUGAAUGAAAUCAUACGUUUUGCUUUUUGCUAGGCCUCUUUCUUCAGCCUCCUCCAUCUGGAUCAAAAGAAUGUUACACUGCUCAUAUGGUUUAUACAUAUAUAGUCGAUAAGCUCUUUCAGAUUGCUGUCCACGUGCCGCAGUAUCCUUUUGCACUCUGUUUUGACUCUUUGUCACUGUAAAGCCUCAGCUAAUGUCCAAAUGUUUCACCACCCUCCUAUUGUUUAAACGUUUGAAGCGCCCUCUGCUGGCCGUCCAGGGUAAUACAGCCUGAAGUGGGAGCUUGGAUCAGCUUCACUACUGCCACCAUCAUUAAGGGCGCCUUGAAGUGGACAUAAAAUUUAAAAAACAGUGGAAAAAUAACCACUACGAUCCCCUGAAAAAUGGCAAACUGCAGGGAGCUCUGUUUUAACGGAUGCCAUCUUUUUUUUUUUUUUUUUUUUUUUUUGAGAGACAAAAUCAAGAGGCAGGAAUCCCCAGAUCUGCUUGUUUUGUCUUUUCAGUGUAUUGACAGAUCAAUAGGACAGUGCACUGUGAAGUUUCCAGAACAGCUGGGGCUCUGUUUCUUUUACUGCCUUGCUCAGUAGUAGCACGACAUAAUGGACGGAUUUUCAAAUUGUGACUUUUUUUGGAAGAGCCAUCUUCUUUAGUAUUUUACUUAACAUUUUUAAGCUAAAUGGAAAAGGCCUGGCCGCAGCAUCUACGAGCUCUGCUGAGUGAUCACGACUACGCAGACAUAAAUGCAAACGAUGCAAUCAUUUAUAAGUGUUGUUUCCGUGGAUCUAUUUAUUUAUCUGGAUCUGAAUGAUUACUUGAAAUUUAGUGAACUUCUCAGCGCUGUUCCGUACUGCUCUUCCACAAUUUCGUUUUUGUUUUUAGUUUUGAGCCUCAUGUAUUUUGUUUCACCUAAUAUCAAAAAUUUGUUAUACUAACCAUGUUUUAGUGAGCUCUUCACCAUUAUCUGCUGUAUUGUUGCAUUGUACAUUUGGCCUUAUUAUCACCAGUUAUGUUCACAAAUACAAAAGUUUGUACUUGUCACCAUAUUUCCCCUUUGUUCAACGAUUUUAUUUGGACUUUCAUGAAAAAAAGAAAAGAGCAGUACAAAUGAAUUUGCACACGAUCGCGGAGUGAUUUUUGCUCUUUUUUUUGUGCCGAACACGGUGGGUGGCCUGAGAGCAGUUCCCAACUGCCGUCUUGUGAGGAAACAAAAGCAGGCGCCGUUUCCCUUUUAUUAGCACUUUUUAUUACUUUCUCUUUCUAUGGAGAAGAAACAUGAAAUGCAAUACACAGACAGCAUUGAUUUUUGUUCAUGAAGUGAGGACGAUGUGUCGGGCUGAAAAGCAAAUCUGUUCUGUUCGUUGCGGCUGCAUUGCUCGGGCUCGAGAGGGGUUUGCUUUUUAGGAAUUAAAGGCCGACUUGUCGAUGCAUUUGUUGCAUUUCACUUCCUCCCGUGGGUUGCAGAUGAUCCGCACAGAAAUGCAAUAACUAUCCAGUCACAGGGGAGCACACUCACAGGGCAUUAUGUAGUGUAUUCGAGGAAGGGCUAAAUGCAUUCAACAUCUAGCUAAAGAAUAUUGGUUGCAUGGAGCCUUCCCAUGUAUCUUUCUAGAAAUCCUGGUACAGAUCACAGAUAUCAUGUGCAACAUUCCCAGAAGGAAAAAAAGUCCUAGACGUCGCUGGUGUGGUUUCAACGGGGUGUAUCUUGGGUAUCUUUCACAUGGUAAUCUGAACGGAGUAUAAAUGAUUUAAGGUACAAAGUUGCGUUUUAAGGACCUUUUUUUAUGGGUUUUAGGUUAAAUGCACAAAAAAGCCACAACACAUGCAUGCUUGAGGGAACCAACCCACCAACAAGCAAAGACAACAGAGUCCCUUUCUUUUCUUGAGUGGACAAACACUUUUGUGUGUGCUAAAUCACAUGAAAAGCGAAGGUUAUUACAGAUGUUUUAGAUUUUGCAGUCAGUUUUUUUGCUUUUUAACUUUUUCUCAUUUGUUCUUUAGUAAACUUUUUUUCUUUAAAGGAAAAUGGGCUCCUUAUGCUUCAGUGUAAAGAAAGGGAAAUCAUCAUUUGUUGGUUUGAUGAAAAAGCUGAUCUUAUUUGGGGAAAUAGAAAAAAAAUUACUUCAGGUGGCUGUUCGUUCGCGAAUUUGUAAAAAUGGAGAAUUUUCUAAUCCACUGAAGGGGAAAGGGAAGAAAAAAACAGGCAUUUAGUUUUAGUGAUGGUUUACCCGACUUUCUCUGGUUAAACUUUAACCUUUGAUUUUCCAAACCUCAUAAGUGUGAGCCAGUAGAAAACUAAUGGAGGAGCUGCAAAUUAUUCAUUAACAGUUACACCAGACCAUAUCCCUUCCCCUGACAUUGUAAGAUUUCCUUUAUAUCCUAUAGAACCGAAGCCCUAUUAGGGUUUGUAGAGAUACCGUUUCAGCUCGGUCUGUAAUUUCAUCCAUGUCUAGUUUCAACCAGUUGCGUUUUUAUCCUGCUUUUGUCCUCGUUAAAAAAUGAUCCACUGUUCUGAAUCCGCAAGAAUGAGCUCAAUUUCAUAUUUC